GUCAAGUGUUCAGAAGUGAAUUCACUCACUCCGUGUGCGGGUUAGUAUUUGCAUAUCUUUAUCUUUUUUUAUAGCAGCCACAGGUGCCGAAUUAUCAUUAUCAGAAUUCAAAUUUUGACUUCUUGACCUCAGCGCAUAGUCGAUCCAGCGGUGUUGGAUUCGGCCAAUCAUUGCAGUGCGAGCAGCAGCAAAGCUCCUGGGGAAGACAACAGUGCAAAGAGCGUAAAUAUGGCGACGGAACGAAGCGUUCAUUCAGCAAAUAUUGAUGAAGUUCAUGAUGUUCCUAUUGAGGCGAUAAUCAGGCCUUUGGCGCCGGUUUUGGAUGAUAACAAAGUUUGUUCCCUCAUGGAUACUCUGAAGAAUUCAGAUGCAAGCGAGAAAGUACCUCCAAUUGACAUUCUCUGGAUUAAAGGAACCGAGGGCGGAAAUUAUUUCUAUAGUUUUGGAGGAUGUCACCGUUUUGAAGCUCACAAGCGGUUGGGGUUGAAAACUAUAAAGGCAAAGUUAGUGGAAUCUACUUUAUUUGAUUUGCAACACUAUUUAGGCUCGAGUGCUCCAAAGCAUUUGGUAUAAUUGGAACCAGUUGUUUUCAAGUCGAAUGUUAUGAGGAUUAGUGCUCCACCGUCUGAUUUCGUAUUUUAUACCAUUAAUUGUACUGAUGACUGUAAAUGAUAGACUUUAAUAAACUUAAUUUGUUAUUUUUAAAUAAU